AUGCAGUCUUGUAGCUCUUCAGAUUCUGAUUUCCCUGUUCGGUCUGGACCUCUAAGGCUUCCUUCGGGCUUGAAUACAUUCCCCUUGAAUUUAUCUUUUGGCCGUCUGAAGAAAGAACAGAUACCACCUUCAGAGAACAAAUUCCAGCAGAGAAUUGGAGAUCUAAGCAGCAGUAAAAUUCAGAUUUCAAGGUUCUACAUGGACGGGGAAGUGUUACACAGCGUGGGGUUUUUGGGGAAGAGGCACUGGACAUUGCAUGUCGAUUUGUGGUUGGUCGCAAUUAUCUAUGGCGUUUGGCUGAUCAGUAUAGGGCCUCGCUUGGAUGCCUUAAUUCUAUGUAGUCUUGUAGCUCUCCAGAUUCUGAUUUCCCUGUUCGGUCUGGACCUCAAAGGCUUCCUUCGGUACUCCAAGGUUAAUGAUAUUCACCAGGCAGAUGCAUGUAAAGUCAUUCUGGAUAAAUUUUCUGGCUCUAAAGGAGUUGUGCCCCUUCAGAAGAUGAAAGCUGAGCAGGAAGAAGGCCUUGACAAGGAAGAAGGUCCUUAUGAAGCAACGAUGAACGUGAAUGGGGAAGAAAACCCUGAUGGGGAAGAAAGUUCGGCGGAGGAGUAA